CUUCUUUCCUGCUGCUGUUCCUCAAAUUAGCUGGUUAGCCUAGCAGGUAGCCUGUGUUUACUCAGCCACAUCUCCAAACUAAUGUUUGACUUUUUCUUUCAGCCUACACGUCUGAGUGGAUAUAAGAGGGGAUAUGAGCAGAAUGAGCAGCCGGCUUUCUUUGGCCUCAUUGUUGGGCUGGCGUGGAAGCUAGCUGUCCGGGUUUCUUUUGGAUCGCAACCGACUGACUGGAACAUGUUGGAAAGCAGCCUGGACGACUCCAACGUCAAAGUGGCUGUUCGAGUUCGGCCCAUGAACAGGAGAGAAAAGGAGUUAAACACUAAAUGUGUUGUGGAGAUGGUUAAGAACCAGACGAUCCUCCAUCCUGCAGGAGCAAACCUGGGCAAGGGAGACUCCAGGAAUCAUUCCAAGGUCUUUGCAUAUGAUUAUUGUUUCUGGUCCAUGGAUGAGACAGAAAAGGAGAAAUUUGCUGGUCAGGAGGUAGUUUUCCAGUGCCUUGGGGAAAGUCUUUUACACAAUGCCUUCCUGGGCUACAAUGCCUGCAUAUUUGCCUACGGACAAACUGGUUCAGGAAAGUCAUACACCAUGAUGGGGUCAGGGGACCAACCAGGUCUGAUUCCGCGACUGUGCAGUGCUUUGUUUGAACGAACUCAAAAAGAACAACGGGAGGAGGAGAGCUUUACUGUUGAGGUGUCUUAUAUGGAGAUCUACAAUGAGAAGGUCCGAGAUCUCUUAGACCCAAAAGGGGGUCGACAGACUCUCAGGGUGAGGGAACACAAGGUUUUGGGUCCGUACGUGGAUGGUUUGUCUCGGUUAGCUGUGGCCAGCUACAAGGACAUCGAGUCUCUGAUGUCAGAGGGAAAUAAAUCUCGGACUGUUGCUGCGACCAACAUGAAUGAGGAGAGCAGUCGAUCACAUGCCGUCUUCAACAUCAUCCUCACACACACCCUCAAAGAUCUGCAGUCUGGGACGAGUGGGGAGAAGGUGAGUCGCUUGAGUUUGGUGGACUUGGCUGGAAGUGAGCGAGCAGCAAAGACCGGAGCAGCAGGAGAACGACUAAAGGAGGGAAGCAACAUCAACAAGUCUCUGACGACACUGGGUCUGGUGAUCUCUGCACUGGCCGAACAAGGAACCUCCAAGAACAAGACCAAGUUUGUUCCUUACAGAGACUCUGUUCUGACAUGGCUACUGAAGGACUGCCUGGGAGGUAACAGUCGCACAGCAAUGGUUGCAACUGUGAGUCCAGCAGCAGACAACUAUGAGGAGACACUGUCGACACUGCGCUAUGCUGACCGAGCAAAAAACAUUGUAAAUCACGCUAUUGUUAAUGAAGACCCCAAUGCACGCAUCAUCAGGGAGCUCCGAGAGGAAGUAGAGAAGCUACGAGUACAGCUGACCCAAGCCGAGUCUCUGAAGGCUCCAGAGCUGAAGGAGCGUUUAGAAGAAUCUGAAAAAUUGAUUCAAGAGAUGACCAUCACUUGGGAGGAGAAACUUCGCAAAACUGAAGAGAUUGCCCAGGAACGACAGAAGCAAUUGGAAAGCCUGGGUAUUUCUCUCCAGUCUUCGGGAAUUAAAGUUGGAGAUGACAAGAGCUUUCUUGUCAACCUAAAUGCUGACCCUGCCCUCAAUGAACUUCUGGUGUACUACCUGAAGGAACACACUAAAGUGGGCUUUGCAGACUCUCAGGACAUCCAGCUUUGUGGGAUGGGUAUCCAGGCAGAGCACUGCAUCAUCGACAUCAUGGCAGACGCUGCUGUCAUCCUCACACCCUACUGUAACGCUCGGACGUGUGUAAAUGGAUCUCCAGUCACGAGUGCUCUGCAGCUUCACCAUGGUGACCGAAUCCUGUGGGGAAACAACCAUUUCUUUAGGAUCAAUCUGCCUAAAAGGAAAUCUCGGGCAGCUGAGGAUGAGGAGGCUGAGGCUGGUGGGAUCAGCAACAGCAGUGAGCAGCUGGAUGCAGACGGUGACACGUCCAGCGAAGUAUCAAGUGAAGUCAGCUUCUCUUAUGAAUUUGCCCAGACAGAGGUCAUGAUGAAGGCCCUGGGAAACAACGAUCCAAUGCAAGCAGUCCUGCAGUCUCUGGAGAGGCAACAUGAAGAGGAAAAGCGCUCCGCUCUGGAGCGCCAGAGGCAGAUGUACGAGGAGGAGCUUCAGCAGCUCCGCCGAAAGCUAAAUCCGGAUCGUCUGUCGGGCCAAAGCAGUGUACCAGCAUCUGGUCAGCAAGGCCCAGGACUGCAGUCUCACUAUCGCAGCAUGGAGAGGCUUAGUGUUGGAGCAACGAGUCAUUCAUCAAGCGCUCAGAGCAGACUGAAGCAGUGGAACGAGGACAGGUUGGAAGCAUGCUGGACAUUUGCACUCACACAGUAUGUCCAGGGUCAGUCUAGACGAAUCCAGGUGGAUGUGCGAUCAGUUCAGGACUCGGGCACGAUGCCUCUGAUAGUGGAGAUGGUGCUUUCUGUGUCUGUGGGCUGUGUAGAGAUCAGAUGCACCACAGCUAAUCAGGAAGGAGAUGAGAUGGACAGUUACCAGGAAAGGGAUCUGGACCGUUUGCGGCAUCAAUGGUUAGCUGCUCUCACCAAGAGGCAGGAAUACCUGGACCAGCACCUGCAGAGUCUGGUCAACAAAGCAGAGAAGACAGAAGAUGAUGUCGAGAGGGAGGCACAGCUGUUGGAGUGGCGUUUGACUUUAACAGAAGAGAGGAACGCCGUCAUGGUGCCGUCUGCUGGCAGUGGCAUCCCUGGGGCACCUGCUGAAUGGGUUCCUCUACCAGGCAUGGAGACUCAUAUUCCUGUCCUCUUCCUCAACCUCAGAGUUGAUGAUCUUAGUUUUCCAGACCAGUUUGAGCUUCCUGAGGCUGGAGGUUGGGAUGCGACCUUAAGUGGAGAGGAUGAAGAUGAUUUCUUUGAUCUUCAAAUUGUCAGACACUGUGAUGGAGAGGUGAAGGCAGAAGCAUCAUGGGACUCCACUGUCCAUGAGUGUCCCCAGCUUAGUCGUGGAGGGAUGUGGCCCGAGCAGCGGGUGUACCUAACUGUUCGAGUGGUGGUUCAGCUUAGCCACCCUGCCGACAUGCAGCUGGUCCUGAGGAAAAGAAUCUGUGUCAGUGUUAAUCCAGGUCGCCAGGGUUUUGCCCACAACUUGCUCAAAAGGAUUUCGUCCCGCAGCACUAUACCUGGUUCCGGGGUGACCUUUGAGGUGGUUUCCAACAUCCCUGGGGAUGCACCUGGUUCAGAGGACAGAGAGAUGCUGGCCCGGCUUGCUGCCAGCGCCCACAACAGCCAGUCCGCUGACAAUGAAGCUGCCAUUGAGAAGUACCUCCGUAGUGUCCUUAGUCUGGAGAACAUCCUCACUCUGGAUAGACUCAGACAGGAGGUGGCCGUGAAGGAGCAGCUGGCUGCUAAAGGGAGGAGCAACAGGCGGAGCCUAAGUUCUCCUUCUGUUCACAGGCUAUUUGGAAGUAGACAAGACCUGUCCUCUACCUGCCUGCUGGACGAGAAGGGCCGAUGGGAGAGUCAGCAGGAUGUCUUCAUGUCUUCUCAGUUUUCUCGUAGCCUCCCCCGUCCUGCCUCCUCUCCUCCUAUCUACUCCACCUCUUCAUCUCAAUCACCUUUUGCUGUGACCCCUCCGCAGAACCAAGAACCAGAGCAAGGACAUUCAGGACUUCUUGCUGCCUCUUAUCUUUCAGUGAAGGCGCUGGUUCCACAGAUGCCCAAACUGCUCAAGUCUCUGUUUCCAGUUCGGGAUGACAAGAAGGAGUUGAGACCUACAUCACAAAAUCAGCAGCAUCAUGUGCCACGUGUCGUGAUGUCAUCAGGAGGGGACGACACUCGAGUGAAGGCCGAGGGGGUUGCUGUUCCGUGCCCCUCAACCAAAGACAAGCUCUCAGAGUUUCCAGAGCAUCCUUCUCUUCCUGUGCAUGACCUGCAUGAUGCAACGCCCCUCAGUCCCCUCAGCCAAUCAUCCAGUGGCUACUUCUCCAGCAGUGUCUCUGCGGUUACCCUGUCAGAUGUUCUCCAUCCCUCCUCCUCCUCUUCUUCCCUCCUUGCUGCUGAAACUACGUCAGUCACAAACCUUCAGCAGCAGGAAGCUGAUCAGAAUGAUGUUGUGACAUCUCCUCCUCAGUGUGGUACCAAAAUGGCUGUGGUCACUCCACCCACCUCCCACAGCUCAGCCAAUCACAACAGUGUCUGUGCUGAGAACCGCCUCUCUGAACAAAGGCUGGACAAUUCAGGAGGACAGGAGAGCUUUGAGAGACUGGAGGCCUUUGUGGAUGAUGAAGAACGUUGCCAUGAGAAUGUUCUGCCUGACUGGCUGACAGACGGGGCAUAUGUUACCGUGGGAAGUAGUAAGGCGGGUACAGUGCGCUACGUGGGAACCACACAGUUUGCUAAGGGAGUGUGGGUGGGGGUGGAGCUCGACACCCCUGUAGGAAAGAAUGAUGGCUCUGUUCGAGGCCAUCGCUAUUUCCACUGUAAGCCGAGCUACGGGGUGCUGGUUCGUCCAGACCGGCUGUCCUUCCGCCAUCGGAAUGGCCAGAGCACAGGACCAGUGGAUUCUUCUGCUCAUGCCACUGUGUUGUGAGGAGAGGCCAUUUUCGGUCACAGAGGGGAGAAUCACAAGUCCAGGAUCGGUUCCCGUCAGUGCUGUCGACUCCUCUCAGCUAUGCAACAGGCUCACACAACAGAAUUGACACAUCCACUCACAGCCGGUGGAGAGCAAUAAUGCAAUUCUUUAUGAUCAAGAAUGAAGGCAAAUCCAGAUGUUACUGGAAGACUAUGCAGAGAAGCAGGAAGACGAUCCUGAGAGAACGGCUGGAAAUCAGAGCAGACUUGGUGGUUUUUCACACUUCAGAUUUCUGUGCUGGGAUGCAGGGAUGCAAACGAGUCAUUUUUAUACAACAAAAAAUGCUGAGGGCGCUACUGGGAGACUUUAAUCCUAUAAAACUUCCCACAGGUGCUCUUUUGUUGUGGUGUGAACAGUAAACCAACAAAAAAGG